UUGGGACAACCGAGUAAAUUGGUCGAAAUUCCCAAUGAAUUGAUUGCUUUUAUGCGAACUUCCAGUCAGAUUUUGUAUUCGGUUCCGCAGGCAUUGAUUUAUUGGAAUGGGUUUAGAGCAACUGUUGGAUGCUCUUAUGGUGAGUUGGUUUUUUUGGGAGAAAAAAUGUACCGUUUCAAAAUUUUUUGAAACGAGUUUGAGAUUGAUUUUCUUCUGAAUUUUUAAAUUCAUUGUAUUUUUUCAAAAAUUUACUGUUUCAAAAUUACUUUUUGGUCCUCAAACAAACAUCAAUUCAGUCUAGAAAUGUUCUCCUUGGAAAAAAAUUUCGAGCCCAGAAAAAAUACGUUUCUGAAAAUGUUUAUUGCUUGUCAGAGAUUGAAUUUUUUGAUCUAAUAGUGUUUUGUUUUCAAAGCUACAAUUUUGAAUUCUAGAGAAAUUCUGAAAAACUCUGGAAUUCCAGCCAACCUGAGAAAAAUGCAUUCAUUCUGAUUUCAAAUUUUAAUUUUUAGUUAUUCGGAUAAAUCAGUUGGACACUGAAAAUAGCAGCUUCCAGAGCUUUUUUUCAACGGAAAAAAUACUGUUUCAAAAUUUUUUCAUUUUGAGAAUAAAUUUGAAUGUUAUCAGUACAGGCUAUCGACUCGAAUGUCUAAAAAUCAACAUUUUUAACCAUCAAAAAUUCACUGUUUCAAAUUUUUUUCAUUUUGAAAACAAAUUUGAAUGUGAUCAGUACAGGCAAUCGACUGGAACGUCUAAAAAUCAAAAUUGUUAACCAAGAAAAAGUCCACUGUUUCAAAAUUAGGUUUAGGUUUCAAUUUGAAGUUUGAUUUUCAAUUAUGAAUCUUCUCAUUAUGGAAAUUCAGAAAAUUCUUGAAUUUUUUCAGUUUUCGUAAUUAUUGCAGAAAAAAUUUCGAGCCCAGAAAAAUUACGUUUCAAAAACGUUUAUUGAUUGUCAGAGAUUGAAUUUUUUGAUUCCAAUAGUGUUUUUGUGAGAAAGCAACAAUUUUUGAAUUCUGGAGAAAUUUUAUCCAAUCUGAGAAAAAUUCAAAAUUUAUUCAUUCUGAUUUCUAAUUUGAGAUAAAUCAGUUGCACUCGGAAAAUACCAAAGUUUUUUUCAACAAAAAAAAUACUGUUUCAAAAUUUCUUCAUUUUGAAAACAAAUUUGAAGGUUAUCAGUACAUGGUAUCGACUCGAAUGUAUAAAAAUCAACAUUUUUAACCAUGAAAAUCUACUGUUUCAAAAUUUUUUUGAGUUUCAAUUUGAAGUUUCAUUUCCAAUAUGACUUUCUUUUCAUCGAAGUUUAGAAAAUUCUUGAUUUUUUUUCAGUUUUCGUAAUUUUGGAAAAAAAUUUCGAUCCCAGAAAAAAUACGUUUCAAAAAUUUUUAUUAAUUGUCAGAGCUUGAAUUUUUUGAUCUAAUAGUGUUUUGGUUUCAAAGCUACAAUUUUGAAUUCUAGAGAAAUUCUGAAAAUCUCUGAACCUGAGAAAAAUUCAUUCAUUCUGAUUUCAAAUUUAAAUUUUUAGUAAUUGGGAUAAAUCAGUUUGACUCGGAGAAUAUCAGCUUCCAAAGCUUUUUUUUUCAACCAUUAAAAAUUCACUGUUUCAAAAUUUAUUCAUUUUGAAAAUAAAUUUGAAUGUUAUCAGUAAAGGCAAUCCACUCGAACGUCUGAAAAUCAACAUUUUUAACCAUGAAAAAUUCACUGUUUCAAAAUUAGGUUUAAAUUUUAAUUUGAAGUUUCAUUCCCAAUGAUUUAUCUUCUUAUUAUAUAAAUUAAGAAAAUUCUGGAUUUUUUUUUCAGUUUUCGUAAUUUUUGAAGAAAAAAUCUCGAGCCUCGAUAAAAUAUGUUUCAAAAAUUUUUGUCAGAGCUUGAAAUUUUUUGAUCCAAUAGUGUUUUGGUUUCAAAGCUACAAUUUUUGAAUUUUAGAGAAAUUCUGAAAAUCUCUGAAAUUCCAGUCAACCUGUCGUGAGAAAGAUUCAUUCAUUCUGAUUUCAAAUUUAGAUUUUUAGUUAUUGGGAUAAUCAGUUGGACACUGAAAAUAUCAUGUUCCAGAGCUUUUUUUUCAACAAAAAAUAAUACUGUUUCAAAAUUUAUUCAUUUUGAAAACUAAUUUGAAUGUUAUCAGUACAUGGUGUCGACUCGAAUGUCUAAAAAUCAAAAUUUUUAACCAUGAAAAAUCUACUGUUUCAAAAUUAGGUUUAAUUUUCAAUUUGAAGUUUUAUUCCGCUUGUCAUCAAAGUUCAGAAAAAUCAUGAAUUUUUUCAGUUUUCGUAAAUUUUGAAGAAAAAUAUUCGAGCCCGGAAAAAAUACGUUUCAAAAAUUUUUAUUAAAGGGUUGGUGCUCCGCCAGGGAAUCUUGCUUGGUUUAGAUAGGAAUAAGGUGCUCCUGGAAGGUUCCAGUUUUAGAAAAAAUUCUAGUAUCAAUUCAGCCCAAGUUUUUCCUCAAAAACACAAGCGAGUUAAAACCUACGAAAUAAAGCAAGUAAAUGCGCUCUAGCGCACAACUUGUUUUUGAAUUUUUGUGCGUGUGUUUGCACACAACUUUGAACACAACACUGUGACGCCUUUUUGCAGACGAUUUUUUCACCAGGAAAACACCAACCCUUUAAUUGUCAGAGCUUGAAAAUUUCUAAUUCCAUCAAUGUUUUUAUUGGCUACAAUUUUUUGAAUUCUAGAGAAAUUCUGAAAUUCUCUCUGAAAUUCCAGUCAACCUGAGAACAAUUCAUUCAUUCUGAUUUCAAAUUUAAAUUUUUAGUUAUUGGGAUAAAUCAGUUUGGCUCAGAAAAUAUCAGCUUCCAAAGCUUUUUUUUCAACAAAAAAAAAUACUGUUUCAAAAUUUAUUCAUUUUGAACACAAAUUUGAAGGUUAUCAGUAUAGACAAUCCACUCGAAUGUCUAAAAAUCAAAAUUUUUAAUCAUGAAAAAUCCACUGUUUCAAAAUUAGGUUUAAAUUUUAAUUUGAAGUUUCAUUCCCAAUGAUUUAUCUUCUUAUUAUAUAAAUUAAGAAAAUUCCUGAUUUUUUUUCAGUUUUCGUAAUUUUUGAAGAAAAAAUCUCGAGCCCAGAAAAAAAUACGUUUCAAAAAAUUUUAUUGAUUGUCAGAGAUUGAAUUUUUUUUGCUUUUUUUCUCUCUUUCUCAGAAAAGCUACAAUUUUUUGAAUUCUAGAGAAAUUCUGAAAAUCUCUCUGAAAUUCCAGUCAACCUGAGAACAAUUCAUUCAUUCUUAUAAUGAAUUUCAAUUUUUAGUUAUUGGGAUAAAUCAGUUGGACUCAGAAAAUAUCAGGUUCCAGAGCUUUUUUUCAACAACAAAAAAAUACUGUUUCAAAAUUUCUUCAUUUUUAAAACAAAUUCGAAAGUUGUCAGUAGGCAUUCAACUCGUAAAUAUGAAAAUAAUCAACAUUUUUAACCAUGAAAAAUCCACUGUUUCAAAAUUAGGUUUAAGUUUCAAUUUGAAGUUUUAUUCCGUUUGUCAUCAAAGUUCAGAAAAAUCAUGAAUUUUUUUCAGUUUUCGUAGUUAUUGAAAAACAAAUUUCGAGCCCAGAAAAAAUACGUUUCUGAAAAUGUUUAUUAAUUGUCAGAGAUUGAAAAUUUCUGAUUUCUAACAACGUUUUUGUUAAAAAGCUACAAUUUUUGAAUUGAAAAUCUCUGAACCUGAGAAAAAUUCAUUGAUUCUGAUCUCAAAUUUUAAUUUUUAGUUAUUGGGAUAAAUCAGUUUGACUCGGAAAAUACCAAAGUUUUUUUCAACAAAAAAUAAUACUGUUUCAAAAUUUCUUCAUUUUGAAAACAAAUUUAAAUUUUAUCAGUACAGACAAUCCACUCGAACGUCUAAAAAUCAAAAUUUUUAACCAAGAAAAUCCACUGUUUCAACAUUUUUUUGAGUUUCAAUUUGAAGUUUGAUUUCCAAUGAUGAAUCUUCUCUUUAUAUAAAUUCAGAAAAUUCUGGAAUUUAUUUCAGUUUUCGUAAUUUUGGAAAAAAAAAUUUCGAUCACAGAAAAAAUACGUUUCAAAAAUUUUUAUUAAUUGUCAGAGCUUGAUUUUUUUGAUGUCUUGUCUCUUUUUUACUCAGAAAGCUACAAUUUUUGAAUUUUAGAGAAAUUCUGAAAAUCUUCCAGUCAAACCUGAGAAAAAUGCAUUCAUUCUGAUUUCAAAUUUUAAUUUUUAGUUAUUCGGAUAAAUCAGUUGGACACUGAAAAUAUCAGCUUCCAGAGCUUUUUUUUCAACAACAAAAAAAUACUGUUUCAAAGUUUCUUCAUUUUGAAAACAAAUUUGAAUGUUAUCAGUACAUGGUGUCGACUCGAAUGUCUAAAAAUCAAAAUUUUUAACCAUGAAAAAUCCACUUUUUUAAAAUUAGGAUAAAAUUUCAAUUUGAAGUUUCAUUUCCAAUGAACAACUUCUCAUAUAAAUUCAGAAAAUUCUUGAAUUUUUUUCAGUUUUCGUAAUUUGGAAAAAAAAUUUCGAUCCCAGAAAAAAUACGUUUCAAAAAUUUUUAUUAAUUGUCAGAUCUUGAUUUUUUUGAUUUUUUCUUCUUUUCUUAGCUACAACUUCUUGAAUUCCACAGAAAUUCCAGUCAUGUAUUUUUCUGAAAAAAAAAUCUCAAAUUUAAGAAUUUUAUCAAUUCAAAAAUAUCUGAAAAAUUCUGGAAAUCCAGAUUUUUCUUGAGAUCCGGAAAACAUCUGAAAUUCCAGCCAAAUCUCUUUUUUUUGCAGACACAGUUCAAAGUGCCACAAUGUACGGCUAUCAAAUUCAAAACACAUCGUGCACAACACAAAUCGAAUCAGCUUUGGAGAAAAUUCGAGAAAUUGAAUCGAUUAAAAUGGACACGACAUGUUCGAGCUGA